GACACACAGAUAUUCUUCUCCCAGACCUUUUACUUUUACACAAAAUAACAAAACAUGGAAUACCGGUAUGCUGAUUAUGAUGAUCGCUACAUCUUGAAACUUUGUUUCCACGUACCAUCCAACCCUGAUCAUCAAGGUACCAGCUCAUCAACUGGCCUGAGACAGGAGGUCUAUGCUGUGGUGACCAAUAUGAGACCAGAUGAACCUUUGAGUUUGGACACGCUGCACUGCAUUGCAAAUAGAAUCCCAGCAUUCCACCAGAGGCUCAGAGGUGCUCAUGUUUAUGUGCCUCCAGCUGACCGCCCGAGCCUAAACAUCCUGUGGGCCCCCUACCAGCCAUCCCCAGGUAACCAUCCGGUCAAAGAGGCCUGGAAAGCCUACACAGGCUCAAGUUGCCCUGUCUUCAAACCGAACUCACAGGCCACAGCCUACCGGCCACAGAUUAUUAUGCAAAAACAAAGGCCUCAGAUGAUGCCCCCUGCCGCCCUCCAAGUACCAUGGCACGCCGAAGAGCUGGGGGAGAGAAAUGACGAUUUGGGCCCCACUACUCGGUACAGUGUCCAGGUGUCGGUGUAUGGACAGAAGUUCUACGAAGUGUUUACUCCAAUCCAACACUCUGGCAGAGAGGAUAUCCCGGGGCUGUGGCGGUUUUCAGUUUAUGACUGGGACCACACACUCUACUUCUCAGUGGUUGUUCAAGUCACGGAGGAGAGAGACAUGCCAAAGAAGCCUUCGACCAGAAAAAGAAAGGCUGAUGACAAUGGGCAGGACUAUGACCAGUGUCCUUGUAGGAAAAGGGCCAACAGACAUUAA